GUGUAUUUUGCGAACUGCUACGAAAUUUUUUUCUCAAAAUGUCCGCUAAAUAUCCAAAAGCUACUAGAAACAUCGCAAUAGAAUUUUUCCACCACCAACAAAAGGCAAUAGCAGCACAAUAGCAACAUCAGCAACAACAACAACGACAAUAACAAAGAAACCCCCCAACAAGCGCGCGCGCACAGAAAGGGGCGAAUAAAUGAGUGUAGCCAGCAACAACCCCGACACUGCCACGAAAAUUGAGCGCCUCCUCACCACCCAAGCAACUAUGUUAAUAGCUGGUUAGUGUGGCUAGUGGGUCAGAAUAGUCCGGCAGAGCAGGGGUGCCAGCCAACUAGCGAGCGAGUAGCCAUAACAUUAGCAAAUGGCUAAGCAGCCAACUGUAGUAGCGGGUAGUAAGCGAACAGUCGAAUUUCGGCCGAGCAAACGCCGCCACGUACAGAACGAGCUGUUGGUGGUAAAACGGGCGAGCUGAAUACAUAUAUAAAGUGGCAGCAAUAUUUCCAGCAAAAGAGAAAGUCAACGAAAAUUCAAACUAAUUAAAGCAAAACAAAUUUAAAAAAAUAAAAAUUUGGAAAAAUAAAUAACCCAUCUACAUUAGAAUUUGCACUAAAACAUCGAAAGCAAAAAAAAUUCAAAACUAUUUCCGAAAUUAACAUUAGUGACUACGAACCGCAACAUAAAGCUUUAAUCAGUGAUAUUUCUGCAACAACAAGCAAAUAUCGUACUAAAUAAAUAAUCAAUAAAAUAAAAAUCUACAAUAAACUUUAACUCAGCGCAGCAACGAGGAGAUCAAAACCAGCAACACCAACAACAACGUCAACAACAAUGCGCCCUACCGUCUUAUCCAAUGCGAAUGCAAACGCCUCAGCGGGCGUUGGUGGUGGCGGCGGUGGCUCUGUAGCCGGCAACACCACCAAUGGCAUCAAUAUACCCAUACAUCAUGAACCAGCCGGCGGCUAUUAUGCUGAUCCCAAUGCCGCCGCAUAUGGUUCGCCACGCCAGCAACAACAAACACCACAACAACAACAGCAAGCGUAUCAUCAUCCACAUCAGCAGCAGGCGCCAACAGUAGGCCAACAACAACAACAAAUUCCGCAACAUUUUCAGGUUGGUAGCCAAAGGGACUAACAAACUUAUGAAAUU